AUGUCGAGGAUAUUCUAUUAUUUUAAGAAUAAAUUAUUUAAAAUAUUUUAUUAUUUUGACCCUAUGCAAGAAUUUAAAGAAGCAAAUAAAAGUGUUAUUGAUAACAUUAAUCGUUAUAUCGCCUUUUUGACACUAUUAUUUCCAAAUUCAGUAGUAAUUUCGAUAUCAUCUUUUUCUGUCAAAUUCAGUUUUUGUACCUAA